CCACCGUCUAUACUACGUAGUGCACUGCUACCACUACCAACCCAUCAUCCACCACCUCCACGACUUGAUCAGCAACCAAUACCGAGGCGGAAUCACGUCCCAGGAACGAAAGAAGCAAUCACCAUGCCUCUCCUCAGCUUGCAAAACGAGCUCCUCCGUGAGAUCCUCGAUUACAUAGAAUCAGACCCCGAAAAACUCAUAGGAGUCGAUCGCCGCGCCUAUCUCUCCCAGGAAAGCUUCAGGGCACCCCCGCCUCCGGAUCGCGACCAGGCCCAGGACAUUGCCAGCUUUCGACUGACCUGCAAGAGGUUCUCCGAUCUGGGCGCCCUGCACCAGUUUUCCCGCGUCACCACCAGGUUUUCACGCAAAGGACUCGCUCGCCUCGAGAAGAUUGCCCAGCAGCCCCAUCUCGCCAAGCACGUCAAAAAGUUCAGUUACAUGGUUCCAUUUUUCUACGUAGAAGGUCGCGAGCGCGUGAACGAACUCUUACCCACCCUUCCGGCUAGCCUGGGUCCCUUGGACGUGAGGCAUUUUGUGCAAAAAGUAAAUGAACAGCGCGAAAUCGUCCAGACCCAGGAAGAUGUCCGCGUCUUGAACAAAGCGAUAUCGGCCUUUACUUUCCUGCAACACGUGCAAAUUCUCCGAUUACAGGACCAAGAGGACGGCUUGUUGAUUUCCUACAUCCGCCAACACGACCAACUCAACCAAUUCGUCGAGCUCAAGUGGGCCCCUGCCUGUUCCCACUCCACAAAAACCAUUGGCGGCGCUCUUUUGGCUUCCAGUUCACCUUGCUCUCGCUUCUCAUCGCCCAUGCUCAGCCCGCAAAGCGCCCUGGGUGCCGUCUGUGAUCCGCCUUCCACGCUCCAACUCCUCGCCGAACGCUUGACGUGUUUGGAGCUCCAUUUCGACGAUGGCUACGAUCUGGACAACCGCAUGAGAGAGCUAUCCGUCCUGUCCAAAGUCGUCUUCAACGCCGCCAAGAACAUGCAGGCAGUCCACAUUGGCUUCCCGUCUCACCGCCCGCUCACGUUGCGGCUCGAGGAAAUAUUCCACCACGUCAAGUGGGAAAAGCUUCUUGCCUUUGGCAUUCAAGCCUGGAGGUUAGACGCCGACGAAAUCAUCGCCUUGGCCCGCCGUCACCGGGACAGGCUGCGUGGACUGCGGUUGCGAGAUGUGCUCCUGAGGGACGGCAGCCGGUGGCAGGACGUACUCUCUGCUCUCCGAUCUGACAUGGCUCGGCUGGACUGGGUCAGUCUGCGGAGGAUCGACUACGAGACGCACUUUGACGGGCAGUCGACGCUGGGCGCAGAGAUUCCGGAUGACCACUUCCUGGGCAGCGAUAGCAGCAGCAGCAGCGACGGCUACAGCGAUGAUUGGGAUCUGCACGGGGACGGAGACGAGGCACAGCCCGUUGAGCAGGCUCAUGACUACGGCAGCGAUGUAUCGUUUGACGAUUCCGACGCAGCUUCCGAAACUGGCUCAGAGGAGCCUGAACAAGGAGGCGACCUUCACUUUCCGCCCAUGUCUCCUGACACCCCCGCGUCCGCACCCUGGUGCAACUGCACCAGCCACGUCAACAGCAUCGAGGCUCUCGAGGACGACGGUGUCACCGUCACCAAUUCGCAGCGCAAGCUCUGGGAGAAGUGGGUGGUGAGAAAGGCCUGUUCCGAACCCCACGUACACAAAUGA